AUGACGGGGGAGAGGGCGAGGGCGGCGGCGGCGACGGCGUUGGCGGUGACGGUGGCGGAGGGCUUCGAGGCGGCGGAGACGGCGAUGGCGGAGAAGGAGGUGGCGGCGAGGGCGGUGGGGGUAGGGGCGGAGGAGAAGGUGGCACUGGGGGCAGGGGAGGCGCCGGGCUUGGAGGCGGCGGAGACGGCGGUGGCGGAGAAGGAGGCGGCGACGAGGGCGGCGGGGACGGGGGCAGCGGGGGUAGGGGCGGAGGAGCAGGUGGCACUGGGGGCAGGGGAGGCGCCGGCGGCGGUGGGUAAGGCAGUGGCGGCAUCGGAGGCGGCGGCGGCGUCGGAGGCGGCGGCGGCAGCAUCGGAGGCGGCGGAGGCGGCGGCGGCGGCGGCGGCGGCAGCUUCGGCGGCGGCGGUGGCGGGGUCGGAGGCGAGGGCGGGGCCGCGGGAGGCGAAGGCGGCGGCGGCGGCGGCGGCGGCGGCUUCGGUGGCGGCGGCGGCGGGGCCGCGGGAGGCGAAGGCGGGGCCGCGGGAGGCGGCGGCGGCGGCGGCGGUCGCGGCUUCGGUGGCGGCGGCGGCGGCGGCGGGGCCGCGGGAGGCGGCGGCGGGGCCGCGGGAGGCGAAGGCGGCGGCGGCAUGGAGCAGCAGCCGCGGCAAUGCGGGCAGACCUAUCGAGUUCGUCGCCGCCGACGACUUCGACCCCCGCCUCGUGCCCAGGUCGGUACCGGGGGAUGCCACGUCUCUCCACGUCUUUGCCGCGUGCUCGGUGCAUGCCGCCGCCCUGCCUGCGACGCUCACUCUCCCGCUGUCUCACCUCCUGCUCGUGCGCGCGGCGCAGGACACCCACGAGCUCGACAGCGCCUGCCCCACCCCCGGCCCGGCCAACCCCAUGCCGACCGAGUGCAUCGCCAACCCACCGUUCCCCUACGACGUCGACUGGUGGCUGGAGUUUAGCGCGGGCAACUGCUCGAUCACCCGCGCGGCGGAUCUGAUGCGUAGCACGGUGCUCGACCCCUUCACCAGCCCGGUCGCCAUCAACGAGCAGUUUGUGUGCAUGCACAACACGACCGACAUCUGCAUGUGA